AUGCCGACCAGCAACACUUCCCUCUUCUCCCGAAUAAAGAGGCGAGAGGCCGAGGCCGGGGGGGCUGUUCCCCAGCCUCGGAAGAAAUCGAAGACGGCCGGUGCUUCUACAUCGGCCGGGACGAGAGGCCCAGAGGCGGGGGCCCCUGCAGCCGACCAGGGGCGGAGGUCGGCCGUCGAUGAUGCGGGGUCGGCGCCCCCGCCUUGUCCUGCCCCCGUCUCCCAACGGGGGCCAGCUGUGACGCUGGCGCGGGGGUCGGGGUCCGAGCUGAGAAGAGGCCCCGAGGUCCCCAACUCGGGGGAGCCGAGCCCUUCGAGGGGGCCGAGGGAGGAAUCGGGCGAGCCGGGGUCCCCGCUCCUUGAGGAUAGCUCGGCUUUCCAUGAUGCCGACGUGGCACGCGCCAUCUUUCGGCGCGUAAUGCUUCCAGCAGACCGGGCCGAGUUCCGGAGGCAGUCGCUGGAAGAAAUCGUCGACGGUACCUACCGUAAUACCGCUCGGCACAUUCACGAGCUCGACACCCUGGUGUAUAUUGCCCAGGAGUGCCAAGAAGAAACUCGGCGAUUCAGCCGGCAAUUGGAGCCGGCCAAGAAGAGAAUCGCCGAGCUGGAGGCGGCGCUGGCCGAGGCUGAGGCGCGAAGGGAAGCCACCGAGGCCGGGCGACUCGCCAUGGUCGAGGUGCUCGAGGAGGAGAGGGCCGCCCAUUCACUGGCGAAGUCGGCCCUGCGUGCCUCGGAGGCGCGCUUAGGAGAGGUCCAGUCCAAGGUCGCGGGUCUGAAGUACGAGGCCGGGGUCUUCCGCCUCAAGAUCGAGCAGCUCGAGGCCUGGGAGAAGAGGGCGCUCGAGCGGGCUGAGAACGCCGUGGAACUCUUCAAGGGGUCAGAAGAGUUCCGCGAUAUGUUAGAGGAGGAGACUGUGGACGGGUUCCUCCGGGGCUUUGACAACUUCCGAAAGCAGAUGGCCCGGAUAUGCCCUCAGUUCGACCUCUCGACGGUCCGUCCGAGGAUGAGGUUCGGGUACGGCCCCGACGACGACGACGACGAUAUCCCCGCUGCCCUCGUGUCCGAGGAGGACCUUGCAGAGGUCGAAGCCGAGGCAGCUGAACCGGCGAGGGCGGAGGCCAUACCUCGUGAAACCAGCGAGGUUGUUCCCGCGGCGCCAGCCGAGGCCCCCGCCGCAGACCCUGAGCCCGCGCCCGCUGCAGACCCUGAGCCCGCGCCUACUGAAGACCCGCAGGUCAUUCCUGUAGACGACGAGGGUGAUGCUAAUGAAGCCGCCGCCUCUUAG